GCCGAGAAAACAGACAAUCCCAUAGACAUGCCACUCAGGUCUAGUUCACGUGAGAGAAAAUUAACAGAAAAGGGCCAAGAGAUGCAGAAGCAAAUGGCUAAAAAACAUGCUAAAAUAUUUCAUAAAGCUUAUAACUCUUGGAAAUUGACGGCGAGGGAUGUAAGGACUCAAUUAAAGACCCUCUGCUUAGCAGAAGAACUCAACAAAUCAAAGCAAGAUGUUGAAAUGAAGCACAAUGCUGUAAGAGAGCAAUAUGAACCUAUUUUAAGGAACAGUAACACCACACCUGAAAUUGUCAACAAAAUGGACGCCUGUGUUACUUUAACGAAGGAAAUAAGUAAUCUAAUAGUUAACCGCCUUGAAACUGUUGACGAAGAUUAUAAUGAUCAACUUGAGAAAGAGCGAGUCAGAGCAGCUUUAAAUAAAAAUGAAUAUGGCUCAGUUUUUGGGUACACCAUAACGGAAACUACAAGUUCAUCUGAAACAACAAGUGAUCAUUCUGGGUCAAGCAGCACUCAAAGCAGCAGAGUAGAGGCCAAAGCAGAGUUAGCCGCUAGGAUUGAACGAUCCAAGUCCAUGGAAGAAAUUCAAGCACAGCAAGCCCAUGUCCACAAACUGGAAAGUGAAUGGAAGCUUAAAGAAGCAAAAAUGAUGUCGGAAAUGAAACAAAGGGAAGUUGAAACGCAGCAGCAGCUAGAGCAGGAGAGGGCCAAACUGCAGCAGUUACAAGCAAAAAAGGAGGUCGCUAUUGCAGCAGCUCGUGUGAGAGCAUAUGAUGGUUUUGAUGGCUAUGAGAAUCGCAACGAAGGAAUCAAUGACAGAAUUAACCCUGUAUGUCACAGACGACUUAAAACUGAGCCUUCAUUGAAUCCAGGUGCAGCACCGUUUCAACCUCGCCAAGCAUCGUUUGACAAUACGACGCAAGAGGAAAGUAGCCUAGCACAAGCAAUUGCUAGUUCUUUGAGUAUGAAUCGGUUACCAGUGCCUGAACCCACCAUGUUUAGUGGCGAUCCUUUAAAAUUUACAGAUUGGAAAAUGUCGUUCAUGACUCUCAUUGACAGAAAGCCCCUCCCUGCAAGCGAAAAAAUGUUUUAUUUAAAAAAUUAUCUUAUUGGAGAGGCGCGCAGAGCUGUGGAAGGUUUCUUUUACCGAGAUUCCGAAAAUGCUUAUAACGGAGCUUGGAAAGUUCUACAAGACAGAUAUGGAAAUCCGUUUAUUGUACAAAAAGCGUUCCGUGAUAAGCUCUUAAAAUGGCCAAAGAUAAACACUAAUGACCCACGAGCACUACAAGAGUUCUCUGACUUCCUCCAAAGCUGUGUUGAAGCAAUGCCACACGUCAGUGGUCUAGCUAUUCUUAACGAUUGUGAAGAAAAUCAAAGGUUGCUCAAAAAACUACCUGAAUGGAUUGUUAGAAAGUGGAGUCGAAUUGUGGUCGAUGAACUCGACACAACAGGCAACUUUCCAGACUUCGCAUGCUUCACUGAGUUCCUAAGUAAAGAAGCGAGAAUCUCUUGUAAUCCCAUUACUUCUCAACUGUUGACAAAUUUCAGAACUAUAGAUGACAGGAACCUAAAGAGAGCUAAAGCCUUCAAUACAAACACACAACCAAGAGAUCUUGCACACGAAAGCCAAGUAGCAAUUAGCAGUAAACCCAAAUGGCCUUGUUUUGUGUGUAAAAAUGAGACACAUGUCAUCACAAAAUGUCCCACCUUUGCAGCUAAGAGCAUUGAGGAUAAAAGAGCCUUUAUACAUGAAAACAGACUCUGUUUUGGAUGCUUGAGAAAGGGUCACAUGACCAAGGAUUGUAAAAGACGACACACCUGUAGCACCUGCAAUCGACGUCACCCAACCUGUUUGCAUGAGGACCGAAGGCAAGAACUGGUGGAAGCACGAACUAGUAACUCUGCUGCCACAGAAGGACAUGAAAGUCAAGUGCCACACCAUGCUGUGUCACACAUAUCAACACAACAUACGUCUGCCACCUCAAGUAUUGUACCAGUUUUUGUUUCAUCAGUUCAAGAACCACACAGAGAAGUACUCACAUAUGCAAUGCUGGACACACAAAGUGAUUCAACAUUUGUUUUAGAAGAUGUGCUCGACAAAUUAAGUGUAAACGUCCAACCAGUAAACUUGAAACUUAGUACCAUGACCGCAAUUGACACAAUUAUACCCAGCAAGUGCGUUCAUGGUCUACAAAUACGAGGACUCAAUUCUGAGAUCCUCAUUCAAAUACAAAAAGCCUAUAGUCGUGACUUCAUCCCAGUAGACAAAUCUUAUAUUCCAACAAAGGAGACAGCAUUGCUUUGGCCUCAUCUCAAAACUUUGGCAUGCAAGAUGCCACCUCUUCAAGACUGUGAUAUAGGGCUCUUAAUCGGAUACGACUGUCCUACAGCACUGGCUCCUCGUGAAGUAAUUUUAGGUGACACAAACCAGCCGUUCGCACAACGAUCAGAACUAGGAUGGAGUAUAAUAGGUUCAGCAAACCCCCACCUAGACAGACAAGGAAGUCAUAGCUUUGUGCACCGGCUCACAGUCAAGGAGUUGCCAUGUCCAACAACGACAGAUGUUAUAAAGGCCCUUGAAGCAGACUUCAGUGAGAAAGCGUACGAGGAUAGGUACGUGUCACAAGAAGAUGUCCAGUUUAUACAGUUUCUCAGUAAAAAUAUUAAGCAAAAUCAUGACAGCCAUUAUGAGAUGCCCCUUCCUUUUAAAGGUGACAGUUUACCUAAUCUGCCAAACAACAAGAAAUUAGCUAUGGUUCGCUUACAGUGUCUUAAAAGAAAAUUGAAGGCCAAUAAACAAUAUUAUGAUCAAUACAAAACAUUCAUGGAGGAAACUAUUAAUAAGGGCGAUGCAGAGCCUGCCCCUACAACAUCGCAAGGUCAAAUAGAGUGGUAUCUGCCGCAUCAUGGCGUUUAUCAUCCUAAAAAGCCAGAUAAGUUAAGAGUUGUGUUUGAUGGUUCUUCAAAAUUUCAUGGAAUUUCUUUAAACGACACACUGCUAACUGGACCUGAUCUAAUUAAUCCCUUAGUAGGAGUGCUUUGUAGAUUCAGAAAGGAAAAGGUAGCCAUUAUCUGUGACAUCGAAAGAAUGUUUUAUCAAUUUUCUGUCUCUCCGGAGUCAAGAAAUUAUUUGAAAUUCCUUUGGUGGAAAGGUGGUGAUCUGGAGAAGGAACCACAAGAGUACAGAAUGACAGUUCAUCUCUUUGGAGCCGCAUCGGCUCCGGGAUGUGCCAAUUUUGGCCUCAAGCAUCUAGCAAAACAAUACAAGGAUAAUCAUCCACGGGCAUUAACAUUUUUGGAGAAAAACCUUUAUGUCGAUGAUGGUUUAGCUAGUGUGUCAUCAGUGGAAGAAGCCAAGAAACUGAUCACCGAGUCACAAGAGUUGUGCAAAAUGGGAGGCAUGCGCCUGCAUAAGUUCAAGUCGAAUGAAGAUGUAUCUCCGUCAGAACAGUGUCUCUGUGUUCAGUGGUCAAUUAAAGAAGACGCUUCCAACUUUAACAUAUCUGCAAAGGAUCAGCCUUCCACCCGCCGUGGCUGUUUGUCCGUCAUCGCCUCUCUCUUCGAUCAACCUGGAUUCAUUGCCCCAUUCAUUCUAACAGGAAAGCGAAUCCUUCAAGAGCUUAGUCAACGCAACACUGGAUGGGACAAGCCAUUCUCAGAAGAUAUUAGACCACGGUGGGAGGAAUGGAGGAAUGAUCUUCUCAAAUUGAAACAGGUUGUGAAUCGUGCUCAAUUAAUUAGAAAUGACAAUGAUCCACAGACUUGGGAACUUUUAACACCAAACCAUCUCAUGUUGAAAGCACAAGUUUCCCUUCCUCCUCCUGGAGUAUUUGUAAAGGAAGAUUUAUAUGGGACAAAGCGGUGGAGGAGAGUCCAAUAUCUUAUUGAACAAUUGUGGAGUCGGUGGAAAAGGAAAUACUUCCUUAACAUAUGCACAAGAAAGAAAUGGCACUUACCAAAGCGCAACCUAAAUGUCAAUGAUAUUGUUAUCAUAAGGAACGAUCACCUUUCAAGAAAUCAGUGGCAAUUAGGACGAGUAGUUGAGGCAGUCCAAGAUGGCAAUGACUUAGUUCGGCGAAUCAAAGUUGGCGCACGCAAGGCGCAAGAAAUUCAGAGUUCCUCCUUUAAAAAGUCCGUUAUCGAGACACCAAUUCAAAAACUAGUUCUUCUCAUGGAGAAUUGACAGUAGUUAUACACGCACACCGUCGAGAAAUUCUGCACAAUUCAUUUUACUGUUUGUUCAUUGUAACAGAAUUUGGUGGGAGUGUAAAUGGCGUGUGGGUCUGUGAAUUGCGGGCACUUCCGUUUUUGCAUUUAUUUUGAAAGGCACCGCGCACAACCCCAUGCUCCCGUCUUUUUCUUAAUGAGGAAAUCUAGCACACCUGUCUGUAAACCUGUCCACACGCUGCACUGUCUAAGAAGCAGCACAGCCACAUCGUAGGUGAGUCCACAAAUAAAUCGCAAGGGUUAUUAUUACUGCGGGAAUUUAUGUUUAUAUUAGUUUGGCUUGUAUUUGUGUAAAGACUGUAGUGUGGAGAGGUUGUAUUGGUCCGAUUGAAGAUAGCACGCUUGGAAAGCAGAUGGAGUUUUCACGGUGUCAACUAAAGAACAAAAAAUGACUGAAAAUAAAGUUAAAGAACACCCGUCGAAGCCCUCUGCGUGUCGCAUCAUUCCGAGCGGUCAGCUACAG